AUUAAAUAAAAAAAGAAUUUUCCAAUGGAAAUUGAGCAGAAAAGGAAUUAUUCCUACCUCCCGGAUCUCACAAAAGAAGGAAUCUUCGUGAAGGAUCUCCCAAAACCACCGGAAGUGAGUGAAAAAGAAUGGAAAGAGAAACUUCCGCCCAGCAAACGAGUAUUCUUUCAUCAAACCCUCAGUUCUGCCCGCCAUUCAGCUGUUUUCCGGGAAUCUGAAUGUACCCCUAAGGACGCCCUGGACAUGGUUCUCACCUCCCGGUACAACCACAGUGAUCACCUUUGGCACACAAAGUCAGAGAUUCACAUUCAGCCCGAAACUUGCGGUGAGAGAACCUUCCGACGCUUGAGAAAUUCCGUGGAUUCUCCUGCUCCCAAAACUGAGCGUCUGGGGCAUCCGCUUUGCAUUGGUGGCAUCACCGAAAGGAUCUCACCUCAUAGUGUAAAGCUCAUCCACAGUGGACCCCAUACACCCCUCACAAAUCCCGGAUAUUCCCGACAAACCAGCGAUGGGAACUUCUUCAAUUACUAAAGAUCCGGGAAG